AUGCCGCUCCAGAAGACCGAUUACAUGAGUGACAUCUGGAAGGAUGGCAUCUUUGCAAACAAAGUGGUCUUCUGUACCGGUGGCGCGGGCACCAUUUGUAGCGCUCAGGUGCGGGCACUUGUACACCUAGGUGCUAAUGCGUGCAUCAUCGGUCGCAAUGUCGAGAAAACCGAGCGCGCCGCUAAGGAGAUGGCGACUCUCCGCCCCGGUGCCAAAGUAAUUGGUAUCGGCGCAGUAGAUGUUCGCAAGUUCGACAGCUUGAAAGAUGCUGCGUCUCGCUGCGUAAAGGAGCUCGGUAGUAUUGACUUUGUCAUUGCCGGUGCUGCAGGUAACUUUUUGGCCUCUAUUGAGCAACUUUCGGUCAAUGCUUUCAAAUCCGUUAUGGAUAUUGAUGUCUUGGGCUCUUAUAAUACGCUCAAGGCUACUUUACCUUAUCUCAUCGAGUCGGGUAAGAAGCACAGGGUCGACUCUGAACUUAACCCAUGCCCACUUGGUACCGGUGGAAGAAUCAUCUUCGUCAGCGCUACCCUCCACUACCGUGGCAUGCCCUUCCAGGCUCAUGUGUCUGUCGCCAAGGCGGGCAUUGACUCUCUAUCAAAUUCUGUUGCUAUCGAGUAUGGCCCUCGCGGCAUGACAUCUAACAUUAUUGCCCCCGGCCCCAUUGAGUCGACAGAUGGCUUGGAGCGUCUACUUCCAUCGGAUGCCAAAGCAGCAUACAUAAAGAGUCAGCCUCUGGGUCGCGUCGGCCAUGUGCGGGACAUCGCGGACGCAACCGUCUAUCUCUUCUCUGACGCUGGAAACUAUGUCAGCGGUCAGACACUAGUCGUGGAUGGUGCAAACUGGCGUGUUUCUGGUGGCACUACCUCUCAAGGUAACCUCCAGUACCCCGACUUCCUUUUGUCUGGUGAGGAGGUCGCCAAUGUCACAGGUAAGAAGUCGAAGCUUUGA